GUGAGAGUAACAUGGACCAUACUAAAACAGCUCAUCCAUGUCAUUCCCAGCAGACAAGGUGCUGUACGGACAUGAUUCGAGCCUGAAGCAUCUGUGAGAAGGAUAUCCGAAACCAGACAGUAUGGAGACUCUGAAUUUGUCCCACGCCACCAACAUCAGCAGUGGUGAUAACGCCAGCCUCUUCUCUGAAAGCCCAUACUCGACUGUGGAGAUUGUACUCAUCAUCCUGGUGGCUGGAUCUCUGAGUCUGAUCACCGUUAUCGGAAACAUCCUGGUCAUGCUCUCUAUAAAGGUAAACAGGAACCUGCAGACUGUCAACAACUACUUCCUGUUCAGCCUGGCCUGUGCAGACCUCAUUAUUGGCGUGUGCUCCAUGAACCUCUACACCGUCUAUAUUGUGAUUGGCUACUGGCCCCUGGGAGCAGUGGUGUGUGACCUGUGGUUGGCCGUUGAUUAUGUAGUCAGCAACGCCUCAGUCAUGAACCUGCUCAUCAUUAGUUUUGACCGUUACUUCUGCGUCACCAAGCCGCUAAGCUACCCGGCGCGCCGCAGCACCAAGAUGGCGGGUCUGAUGAUCGCAGCGGCCUGGGUGUUGUCCUUCAUCCUGUGGGCUCCAGCCAUUUUGUUCUGGCAGUUCAUUGUGGGCGGGAGGACCGUGCCGCCAGGUGAGUGCUACAUCCAGUUCUUCUCAAACCCCGCGGUGACAUUCGGGACAGCCAUAGCAGCUUUUUACCUACCAGUCGCCAUCAUGAUCCACCUCUACUGGCGCAUCUCCAAGGCCAGCCGCAGCCGCAUGAGGCGGGACAGCAGGAAGACCUCAGGGGCCAGUCUGGGAGAGGGCCCCUCUCACAGCCAGGAGGACGGAUGUGAGAGCCAGAACAACUGCAUCACAGCGAAAGAUGCUCAGGUGCAGGCUGGAAAUGGGAAGGAGAAGGAAAUGUUGCAGCAGCAGAACGGAAACGGGCCGUGUCAGGAAGAAAGAGCAGAGCUGGUGGACUCCACAGAAGACAGCAUCCAAGCGUCAACGUCUAAGGACGCUGAGGUCCCUCCGUCACCACAGAAAGGGUCCAACAAUGAGAAAAAGACAACUCAAACACAGCCACCUUCUCCGGAGAACUCAGCUGCUGACAGACAAAGUUUGGCUACAAGGACACUGUUCAAGGUGACAAAGCAGACCGCUGUGGCAAAGUGGAAAAGGAAGGGCAUUUCUUCCAGGGAGAAAAAGGUGACGCGCACCAUCAUGGCCAUCCUGGUUGCUUUUGUCGUCACAUGGACGCCGUACAACGUGAUGGUCCUUAUCAACACCUUCUGCUCCAUCUGCAUCCCAAGCUCCCUCUGGACCAUCGGCUACUGGCUCUGCUACAUAAACAGCACCAUCAACCCGGCCUGCUACGCCCUCUGCAACGCCACGUUCAAAAACACCUUCAAGCACCUGCUCAUGUGCCAGUAUAAGAACAUACGAACAGCACGAUGAAGGCGGACGAACUGACUCAUGUUUGUGAAAAUAAUGCGAUAAAUCUUGUAAACUGAGACAAUACAAAGAGUGAACAUAUUGUUAAAUUAUAGACUAGGUGUGUUCUUAUUGUACACUACAUUUCUUUUUCAAUAGGUGAACUUAUUCUGACUGCCAGGAUACUGUGUUUUACAUUU